CGCUUUCGAGUUCCGUAGUUCGUUAAUCACGAACAAGAGAAAAACCCAACAUAAAUUUUUUGGGCUGCCUUUGUAAGCAUAGUGAAUCGCAUGUGAAGUGUGAGCCGCGUGCUGGAAACCCCAAAAAAAAAACAACAAUUAUUAAAGAUCAAAAGUUUUAAAGUACGAACAAACGUAUUGAAAAUAUUACGACAAAACUAACUUGGAAAAUUGAAGCGUGCUGGAAAGUGAAAGAACAACAGACCUGUAAAAAACAAGAGGAAAUUAAUAUAAACACUUAAAUACUAGUAACAAUAAAUUUGAGUAACUAAAACUAUCGAUAUGGGUUCGCUGCCACAGCUGUCGAUUGUGAAGGGCCAGCAGCAGGAUUACGUGCCCCGAGCGCUACAUCGCAUCUUCGAGGAGCAGCAGCUGCGCCAUGCCGAUAAGGUGGCACUCAUCUAUCACCAGGGACAGGAACAGACUCAGGCACCCAGCCAGAGCAGCUAUCGCCAGAUGAACGAGCGUGCGAAUCGUGCCGCUCGUCUACUGAUUGAGGAGGCCCACGGACGUUUCCUCCAGCCAAACAGCGAUGGUGACUUCAUUGUGGCCGUUUGCAUGCAGCCAUCGGAGGCGCUGGUCACCACAUUGCUGGCCAUUUGGAAGGCGGGUGGUGCUUAUCUGCCCAUCGAUCCGAGCUUCCCGGCAAAUCGUGUGCAUCACAUAUUGCUGGAGGCUAAGCCGAUUCUGGUGCUGCGUGAUGAUGACAUCGAUGCUCAACGCUUCCAGGGCACACCCACACUAUCGCUGACUGAACUGUAUGCAAAGUCUUUGCAGCUCAGCGGUGGCAAUCUGCUGUCGGAGGAGAUGCUGCGUGGCGGGAACGAACACAUUGCCAUCGUUCUCUAUACCUCGGGCAGCACAGGAGUGCCCAAGGGCGUGCGUCUGCCUCAUGAGAAUAUAUUGAAUCGCUUGCAAUGGCAGUGGGCCACCUUUCCCUAUACGGCCAGUGAGCAGGUUGGCGUGUUUAAGACAGCGCUUACCUUUGUCGACUCCAUUGCGGAGCUGUGGGGUCCACUUAUGUGCGGGCUGGCUAUCUUGGUUGUGCCCAAGGCCGUGACAAAAGAUCCGCAACGUCUUGUCACGCUUCUUGAGAAAUAUAAAAUUCGUCGUCUGGUUUUGGUGCCCACUUUAUUGCGCUCUCUGCUCAUGUACUUGAAGAUGGAAGGUGGCGGUGCGGCUCAGAAGUUGCUCUACAAUCUGCAGAUCUGGGUAUGUUCAGGUGAGCCGCUGGCCGUGCCUCUAGCCAGUAGCUUCUUCGAUUACUUUGAUGAGGGUGUGCAUAGACUAUACAACUUCUACGGAUCCACUGAGGUGAUGGGCGAUGUUACCUACUUCACCUGCGAAAGCAAGAAGCAGCUCAGCAUGUACGACAAUGUGCCCAUAGGCAUACCUGUGUCAAACACUGUCAUCUACCUGCUGGAUGCGGACUAUCGUCCGGUCAAGAAUGGAGAAAUAGGCGAGGUCUUUGCUUCAGGCUUGAAUCUGGCUGCGGGAUAUGUGAAUGGUCGCGAUCCGGAACGCUUUCUCGAGAAUCCACUAGCUGUGGAGAAAAAAUACGCGCGUCUCUAUCGUACCGGUGACUAUGGCUCGUUGAAGAAUGGGAAUAUCAUGUAUGAAGGUCGCACCGACUCGCAGAUAAAGAUACGUGGUCAUCGAGUCGAUUUGUCCGAGGUGGAGAAGAAUGUGGGCGAGCUGCCACUGGUGGAGAAGGCAAUUGUCCUUUGCUAUCGGGCCGGACAUGUGGAUCAGGCCAUCCUGGCCUUUGUCAAGCUUCGCGAUGAUUCGCCUAUGGUUACUGAGAUGCAGUUGGAAGGUAGACUCAAGGAUAAGUUGGCUGACUAUAUGACACCACAGGUCAUUAUAUUGGAGCAUGUGCCACUCUUGGUCAAUGGCAAGGUCGAUCGCCAGGCGCUGCUAAAAACUUACGAGACGGCCAACAACAACGAGGGCGACUCGAGCAUUGUUCUCGACUUUGACUACAGCCAGGUACCCGAGGAGCUAAAACUAACGGCACGCGAUCUCUUCGAGACCGUGGGCGGUGUCAUUGGACGCUCGACCCGAGCAAGUCUGUCGCCUCACAGCAACUUCUACGAGCUGGGCGGCAAUUCCCUCAACUCAAUUUUCACGGUUACACUGCUAAGAGAGAAAGGCUACAACAUUGGCAUUUCCGAGUUUAUAGCGGCGAAGAAUCUGGGCGAGAUUAUCGAAAAGAUGGCUGGCAAUCAUGAUGCAGUGCAGCUGGAGGAAGAGACACUCAAUGCUUGCCCUCAUCUUAAAAUGGAGGCGGUUCCGCUUCAACUGGAGCAUCGUCAGCCUGUGAUUGACAUUAUCGUAUCCAGUUUCUACAACAAAGCAGAUUUAGAGCAGUGGCUGAAGCCCGGCGUUUUACGCACCGAUUACAGUGAUUUACUCAACGAAAUUUGGAGCGUUCUCGUGGAACGUGAACUGAGUUUUGUAGUAUACGAUCGGAAUACGGAUCGCAUUAUCGGUACUGCUCUCAACUUUGAUGCGCGCGCCGAGCCCGAAGUGGAUAUCAAAUCUAAGCUAAUCACAAUCUUUGAAUUUCUUGAGUUCUGUGAAGGACCCAUACGAGACAACUAUCUGCCCAAGGGUUUGAAUCAAAUAUUACACUCAUUCAUGAUGGGCACCGCCGAGCAUCUGAAUCCUCGCGAGAACAUUGCUUGCAUGCACUUCAUGGAGUACGAGGUGCUACACGUGGCGCGCAAUAAAAAAUUCGCCGGCAUCUUUACCACCAACACCAGUCCUCUGACGCAACAGCUGGCCGAUGUCUACCAUUAUAAGACGUUGCUCAAUUAUCAGGUCAACGAGUUCGUUAGCUCCGAUGGCAGUCGACCAUUCCGGGAUGCGCCGGACGAGCAGCGCGCCAUCGUCCAUUGGAAGGAGGUUGCCAGCAAGUAGGGUGUGUCCUAGUAGGAUGCAUCAGUAUGAUCGAAUUUAAGACGCACCUGUGUUGUAUGUAGCUCGUAGCAUGUAGAAUAGUCUUUAGAAUAUUGCAUAUAGAUCUACCUUCUAGUAUUAGCCCAAUGCAUUGUCCACUCAAAAUUUAGCAAUGUAUGUUGACUAAUUGUAAGUUUUCAAUGCAAUUAAAC